AUGAAUAACAUCGACAACAGCAACAACAACGAAAAUUUUGAAAAAAAGUGCAGUGACUUAUAUGAGGUGACCCAUUUUCAAAUGCGUGUUGAUAGCGUGGAUGAUGAGAGUGCGUCACCCACUACGGAAUCAAAUUCACGAGAAGACUUAAUUGGUAGUAGUGAACGCCACUCAAGUGUACUGCAGCAAUUUCCAAGAUUUCUCUCCGUACCCGCAUUACGGAGCCCACGUCCCCAUACGGAAAAACACUCUAAACGAGAAAUAUCAUCCAGUCCAGCAAAAAGUGAACGACUAAUACGUACAAAUAUCUUUAACAAAGUGCGCGCAAGAAGAUUGAGUGAAGAUAGUGGUAUUAUAGCAGGGCGUUUAUAUAGCGGCGAAGAUAAUCAUUUUUUAAGUGCCGUAUCAAAAACAAAUCAUACCUUAACGAAAUCCUCCGAUAAUCUGUACAACUUUUUAAUGGCAGAACGUCAAAGCAAUAGUUAUAAUCAGCAAGACAACAAAUCACCGACGCCUCAGCCACAAAAUGUCAGUGAUUAUGAACUUUUUGCUCCAAAUCAAACUAAGUCAGCUACGUACACAGAGAAGUGGUUAAACACUUCAAUAAGUGGUUAUCAUAAGUCAACAGGAAUUGCUAUACCGCUGCCAACACAUCUUGAGACUGAUUCAGCAGAACCCAGUCCGACACAGCCUUUUGGCCCUAAAGUACUAAAUAUUGAAGAUAUACCAGGUACAGCAAUGCGACGUGAGUUAGGUUUGCACUUGACUACACCAUUAGUAAACAGUGCCGGUGAACAUGAUAGCGAAGCUGUUGUUGAAUCUGAAUUGAUUGAAUCUUCACACUCAAAUGUACUGCCGGAUCAAUUCGGUUACAAGCAACUUAUGCCAAAAACAGAUCGCUCAAGAAGUUCUAAAAGCUCGUCAAUAGAUGGCAGUAUAAAUGGCAGCUACUACGGUAGUCGUAAAACAAGCAAAUGCAAUAGCACAGCGGACGAAGCAGAGCAACGACGUAUUAGUAAACAAGAUCGUGACGGUCUUGAUCCAGAAUCACUUAUGUUUAGAGAUGGCCGUCGGAAAAUCGAUAUGGUACUUGCUUGGGAGGAAGAAGAUUUUGGUGUUAUGACUGAAGUUGAAUCACGAAAACGAGAUCAUAGACGAGCAUUUAUGGAAAAUCUAAUAAAAGAAGGCCUGGAAGUAGAAUUGGAGGAUAAAACGCAAUCUUUCAAUGAGAAAACUUAUUUUCUUAAAAUUCAUGUACCAUGGCGUUUAGAAACGCGUUUAGCGGAAGUGAUGAAUCUCAAAUUACCAGUUAAGCGAUUUAUUACAAUAUCUGUAAAAUCGCCUUGGGAUGAGGAAAAUGUUGUCGCACGUAAUCUUCAAUAUUGGAAAAAUGUUUGGAAACGUGUCACGCGUAAAAUACAGUUGGAUCAAACAUUAUUGGAAGGUGAGACUACUUUUAAGGCUGCAACAGCGAAUGGCAAUCCAGAAGAACAAUUCAUUGUAAAAGAUCGUGCCACAGCGUAUACAAGUGCACAACGUUCUCUUAUGGUCAUGCAGGUGCUUUUACGUACACCGUUCGAUGACAGCGAUCGUUUGGGCAUACGUCGUCUGCUAAAUGAUUCCACAUAUUCAGGUUGUUUUCCUCUACACGAAGGUCGAUAUGAUCGUCCACAUUCAAGUGGAGUAGAAUUUGAUAGACGUAGCUUGUACUUAACUUGGGCUCAUCCUUCUCAGUGGUACAAAAAGCAGCCACUCUGUUUGGUGAGAAAGUACUUUGGGGACAAAAUUGCUCUGUACUUUUGUUGGCUGGGCUUCUACACAGAAAUGCUAGUUUAUCCAGCAGUUGUUGGUACUCUGUGUUUUAUAUACGGUUUAGCAUCAAUGAAUUCAGAGGAUAAUACGCCAAGCAAAGAAAUUUGUAAUGAAUAUGGAACAGGAAAUAUCACCUUAUGCCCUCUAUGUGACAAAGCUUGCAGUUAUCAGCAUUUAUAUGAUUCUUGUUUGUUUUCACGUCUAACGUAUCUCUCCGACAAUCCAUCGACUGUGUUUUUUGCAAUAUUUAUGUCCUUUUGGGCAACAACAUUUUUGGAAUUAUGGAAGCGUAAACAAUCAGUUAUUGUAUGGGAAUGGGACUUGCAUAAUAUUGAAUCAGAUGAAGAAAAUCGACCAGAAUUUGAAACAAAUGCUACGACAUUUCGUAUGAAUCCGGUAACUCGAGAAAGAGAACCAUAUAUGUCCACAUGGAGUCGAAUAGUGCGAUUUGUAAUAACUGGCAGUGCAGUACUUUUUAUGAUAGCAGUUGUGCUCUCGGCGGUUUUAGGUACAAUUAUAUAUCGUAUAUCGCUAGUCUCAGUUAUUUAUGGUGGGGGUGGAUUUUUUGUUAAAGAACAUGCGAAGCUAUUUACGACAAUCACAGCUGCUCUAAUUAACUUGGUGGUAAUAAUGAUACUAACAAGGAUUUACCAUAAAAUGGCAAUCAAAUUAACAAACUUAGAGAAUCCACGUACACAUACGGAAUAUGAAGAUUCAUAUACAUUUAAAAUAUUCUUUUUUGAGUUCAUGAAUUUUUAUUCUUCCCUUAUAUAUAUCGCAUUCUUCAAAGGACGAUUUUUUGAUUAUCCCGGCGAUGAUCAAGCACGCCGAAGUGAAUUGUUUCGUGUCAAAAAUGAUAUAUGCGACCCAGCUGGCUGCUUAUCUGAACUUUGUAUACAAUUGGCCAUUAUAAUGGUUGGUAAACAGUGUUGGAAUAAUUUUAUGGAAUAUUUGUUUCCAAAAUUUUAUAAUUGGUGGCGUCAACGUAAGCACAAACAAGCUACGAAAGAUGUAUCUCAUUUGCAUAUGGCUUGGGAGCAAGAUUAUCAUAUGCAGGAUCCAGGUCGUUUGGCAUUAUUCGAUGAAUAUUUAGAAAUGAUUCUACAAUAUGGAUUUGUGACACUUUUUGUUGCUGCUUUUCCAUUGGCCCCCUUAUUUGCAUUGCUUAACAAUGUGGCUGAAAUUCGGUUGGAUGCAUAUAAAAUGGUAACUCAAGCACGCCGUCCUUUGGCAGAACGUGUCGAAGAUAUUGGUGCUUGGUAUGGCAUCCUACGCAUAAUCACCUACACUGCUGUGGUUUCUAAUGCAUUUGUCAUUGCGUAUACCAGCGACUUUAUACCACGUAUGGUUUAUAAAUUUGUAUAUUCAGAUACGAACACAUUAGUAGGUUAUAUAGAGCAUUCGCUCUCUGUAUUUAAUACUUCUGACUACAAAGAAGAGUGGGGCACUAAAACAGAAAAAGAUCCAGAUACCUGUCAGUAUAGAGGAUACAGAAAUGGACCAAAUGAUGUCGAACCAUAUGGCUUAAGUCCACACUAUUGGCAUGUAUUUGCUGCUCGUCUGGCAUUUGUUGUUAUUUUUGAGCAUCUAGUUUUUGUUAUCACUGGAAUAAUGCAGUUCAUUAUACCGGAUAUACCCGCCGAAGUUAAAACGCAAAUGCAACGUGAGCAAUUGUUGGCAAAGGAAGCUAAGUAUCAACAUGGUAUAAAACGUGCGCAGGGCGACAAUCAGGAUUUAUUAAGUUUGUUUCGUGAUGCAAAUAGCCGCAACAGCAGUACAACUGCGGGCAUUGGUGCUGCAAGUAGCUUUGGAGGGCGUGGCAGUUGGGCGAGGCGUUUCAGUCGUCUAAGUGACGGUCUUGAUGCUCACGUUGAAGUAGCAUCACGACCUAGACGUUCAAUAGAAUCAACUGUUUGGGAAGUUUCUUGACAUGAAGAGGAAGAAAAUGAAGAUAUGACGAGUAUUAAGGAUAAAUUUAAUAAAUAACAACAUU